AGGAAGUCCUGAGGAUCCGGCGGCCUGCUGAGAGCCGGGGCCAGGCUGAGGGAGCAGCAGCAGCCCAUGGAGAGUAGGGGGGACCAGGAGCCUCGGGGGGCCGAGCCUGAGGCCCCUCAAACCCCCUCCUCAGCCGGCACUGCCGCUCCCAGCACCUCAGCCCUGCCUCCUUCAACCCCCCGGGUCCGGCCCCGCCUGGUCUUCCACACCCAGCUGGCCCACGGCAGCCCCACGGGGAAGAUCGAAGGCUUCACUAACGUCAAGGAACUGUAUGCCAAGAUCGCCGAGGUCUUCAGCAUCUCACCCACGGAAAUCUUGUUUUGCACUCUAAACAGCCACAAAGUAGACAUGCAAAAGUUGCUGGGGGGCCAGAUUGGUCUGGAAGACUUCAUUUUUGCCCACGUCCGGGGAGAGACCAAGGAGGUGGAAGUGACCAAGACAGAGGAUGCGUUGGGCCUCACUAUCACAGACAAUGGGGCCGGCUAUGCCUUCAUCAAGAGGAUCAAGGAGGGGAGUAUCAUCAACCGGAUUGCAGCAGUAUGCGUGGGCGACAGCAUCGAGGCCAUCAACGACCAGACCAUCGUCGGCUACCGCCACUACGAAGUGGCCAAGAUGUUGCGUGAGCUGCCCAAGGCCCAGCCCUUUACCCUGCGGCUCGUGCAGCCCAAACGGGCCUUUGAUAUGAUCAGCCAGAGGACCAAGAGCAGCAAGUGUCCCGGGGAGGGGAAAGUGGUGAGCGGGCGGGAGACCCUGCGUCUGCGGACCCGGGGGUCAGCCACGGUGGAGGAAGUGCCCAGUGAAUUUGAAGAAGCAGCAACCAAGAUGGUGGAUGAUCUCCUAGAGAGCUACAUGGGCAUCAGGGAUGUGGAGCUGGCCUCAACCUUGGUGGAAACUUCCAAAGAGAAGCGGAGCCCUCAGGAGUUUGCCCGUGGAUUGGACUCGGUGCUGGGCGAGUUUGCUUUCCCUGAUGAGUUUGUGGUAGAGGUGUGGGCGGCCAUCUGCAAAGCCAAGGAAGCCUGCAACUAGCAGGCGGGGUCCUCUUCCCCCCUCCAGAUGCUCCAGGGACAUGCCCUGUGAACCUGUGAGGUGGGGGAUUGGUUCUCUGGGAGGGGGGUUGCUCCCCCUGCGCCUCCCCGCCCCCGCCACCCUCGGACAGUCAAGAGCCUCUGUCUCUGUGUCCCGUGGGGUCCGGGGCUGGAGAGGGGAGCUCUUGGGACAACGGGGGCUCUGGCCUGGCCAUCUCCCUGUAGCUGUUUGUGUGCAGUAGCUGACCUGGCUCACCCAGGGACUCCCACGAGGAUCUUGUUGCUAGAGAGACUUGUCGGCUCCUCUUCCCCUCCCCCUGUCCCCCUGGGUCCUCAGAAGACAACCCGAGUGAGGAUGGAGAGACCCCCAAGGACCAAGAGGAGAAAUCGGAACCUGCCCUGGAGGGGAGAGGGCGGGGAUGGUCGGAGCCGCCGGAAGGAAUGGGAACUCUCUCCGGGGCUGAGCGCUGCGGGUGCAUGGGGCAAGCCCUUCCCUUUCCCCCUCCCCAGGGUCCCCUCUCUGUACUGAGCAAGCAGGCCCAGAGAUUAAAGCAGCUGCGGCAGCCCCUGGGGCCUGUGUCAGUGCUUAAAUGGGAGGGAUUGGAGUGGGAGGGUUGAGGGAGGCAGAUGGGAAUGGGGGUUAACAGCACAGUCAGCUCCUCUAAGACAAGGCCCCAGAUUCUCUCCCUGCUGAGGACUUUCAGUCCGACCACUUCCCCCGUUGCCCUUCUCCUUGGGGAAAUGCCUGGUGGGUUCAAAUCGCCCCUGUCUUACUCCACAGUACUGUCUCAUGCUCCAGCCCCCCAUCCACACACACACACACACACACACACACACACACACACACGACCUUCGGUAGGAAAUGGCCCAGCCUCUUGCUGUCCCUGACCAAAGGACUGAGCUGAAACUGACCAGAAGUUGGGUUGCAACAGUUCUGUAGGGCAAUAAAAACAGACAGAGCUGCA